AUGAUCUGCAACACAAUCUAUGUCCUCUUCUUCUUCUUCCUUUUCCUCCUCUUCUUCUUCUUCUUCUUCUUCUUCCUCUUCUUCUUCCUUUUCUUUUUCUUCCUCUUCUUCUUCUUCUUCUUCCUUUUUCUUCUUCCUCUUCUUCUUCUUCUUCCUUUUUAUUCUUCCUCUUCUUCUUUUUCUUCCUUUUUAUUCUUCCUCUUCUUCUUUCUUUUUCUUCUUCCUUUUCUUCUUCCUCCUUUUCUUCUUUUUCUUCUUCUUCUUCCUUUUCUUCUUCUUCUUCUAUUCUCCUCAUAUCUAUCUGUCUCCUCACAUCUAUCUCAGGCUCCUCACAUCUAUCUAUCUCAGGCUCCUCACAUCUAUCUAUCUAUCUAUCUAUCUAUCUAUCUAUCUAUCUAUCUAUGUUUCCUCACAUCUAUCUAUCUGUAUCCUAACAAAUAUCUAUCUCAGUCUCCUCACAUCUAUCUCAGUCAUCACAUCUAUCUAUCUAUCUCAGUCUCCUCACAACUAUUUAUCUGUCUCCACACAACUAUCUGUCUCCACACAACUAUCUGUGAGUCUCCUCACAUCUAUCUAUGUUGA